CAUUAUCGCCCGACUAAAUCAAACCAAAAAUUAAAAUUUCAGUUAACUCAAUUAACAAAAGUUUAAAACAAAACAAUGUGCCAUACAAACUAUUUUAAAUUAAUAAUUAAUAAUAUAAUUAAUGCACUUUUAAAUACGAAUUGAAUUGAAAUCAAUUUAACAACGACACCAUGAAUUUUCUAUCACCUGAUGAUAUCUUCAGCGGGGUAAGACGUAAAAGUCUCUGCAAUGGCACACUGCUAACACUCACCAAUAAACAUCAGAGUGAGAGCGGUAGCACAACACCGAGUAAAAGUAAAAAAGAACGUAGACGUGGCAGUUUUAAUGAGCCCACAACAAAUACAAGUGCCAAAGAAAAUGGCGGCCGGAGAGCUUCAUUGGUGUCCAGGUGGUUUAAACAUAUCUCCGAUGCUGCUGAACAAUACAAGCCCCGCUCUAAGAAUGCUAAUCAAGAACCUGUGGACGAUCCAGCUAUUGCUACAUUACCACAUUCCAAUACACGUGAAUCGCUGGAGUUGACACCCGAACGGCCGCCACCCCAGUCGGCCACCGCUACCCUGAUAACCACACCUUUGGCACCCAUGAUGCCAAUACCAUCGGUUAGUCAAGAACGCAGCGGCUUUGCACAAACCAAUAAUAACGAUGUACAAUUGCGCAAUGGUCGACGUGAGAGUACACCCACCUCAUCAUCGGCACCCGGUGAUGCCUAUCCACCCUAUUAUAAUAUCAAACAAAGAUUAAGUCACAAUGAAUUAUCACCGAAUAUCAAUGCUGUUAAUCGCACCAUGUCGACACGCAGCUGUGGUGAUGCCAAUCAUAAUUACAGUAACACUUCGCCAGAAUUUGCUGGUGCCAAUGGUGUUACUCUCAGGCAUACCCAGUCUGCCAGACAGGCCAACGGCUCUACGGAAGAAGCCGCGGCCGCUGCUUUAGCCGCCGCUGGUGUGGCGAAUAAAAGGGACAGCGCUAGUAUUGUUUACUCCAAUAAUUCCAAUAAUACCCGUACUUUAAUGCAGUCAUCACCUCCGUUAGUUGAACCUACCGCUAUACAGAUCAGUAUAAGUCCGGCCCAUACCGCCGAACCGGUACUGACGCCUGCCGAAAAGCUAAGGCGUUUGGAUGCUAGUAUACGUGACGGUUUAAUGGAGAAACAAAAGAUUAUUUGUGAUAUGUUCCGUUUACCAGUUGAACAUUUCCAUGAGAUAGUAGAUAUAGCGACCAUGCCUGAAGCGCCCAAGGAUAGCACCGAUAUAGCAUUGGCUGCCUACGCACAGGUUCAGUCUUUGACCGAGGUGAUAAACGAUUAUAUGAAGGUAACACCCGAACAGGAAGUUUCGGCUGUUUCCACAGCGGUUUGUGAUAAAUGUCACGAGAAACGAGAAAAUCAACCACAUUCACGUACACGUUCCAAUGUGGCUUGCGGGAAGGCAGAAACGAAAGCUACAACCAGCACAAGUUCUGAUAUACCACCGCCUUUGCCGCCUCCCAAUAAACAAAUGGCCCAGGCCCAACAGCAGACACCAGCUCCUUCAGUAACUAAAAUGCAAACAUGUGCUUUGGAAGAUGCCAAUAUACAUGAGGACGAUGAUGGUUAUUGUGAAAUCGAUGAGUUGCGUUUACCAGCUUUACCUCCCCUGACAAAGACACCUACAACAGCUACUCCACCACCUUUGCCACCAGCCGUAAAAGCGAGUGGAGCCAAACAGGGUUCACCACCUCCACCCUUACCACCACCAGCUGGUACCUUUAAAACUCCGCCUCCACCACCACCGCCACCAGCAAAAACCUUAAAUCAAAACUCCUCCAUACCAGCAGUCGCAGCAGCUACAAUAACAAGUAGCAGCAGCGCCAGCUCCACUACAAACACAACUCCCGAAUUAGUUAAACGUCAAAGUACGAUAAGUGCUGAUAGCAUUCCUGAAGAAUCGGCCGAUGAGGUAACACAUGCCCUCAACGAUCAUUUACACAGUAAAGUUGAGGCUCACAAAUCUCCCGAAAUCAAAGAAGACGAAGAGGAAAAUGAGCCAGAAAACGAGUCUGCUACCAAAGAAGAAAACGAAAAGACCUUAGAAGAGCCUAAAACUACGGCCACAUCGUUUGCGACAGAAAAUGAACAAGAAAGUGAAGGGGUUAAAACUGAACCCAUUGCACCCAUAGCUACUAUUGAAGAUGAAGAUGACAAGGAUGAGGACUCUGCUAUGCAUACAGCCGAAUGUGAAAGUGCUCCUUUGGAAGAGAAUGUUGUUAAAGAGGAAAGCAGCAAGAAGGAAGACAAUGAUGCUAAAGAUGUUAAAGAUGAUGCAGUGAAUCCAAUAGUGACCACUACUUCUAUGACCGCAGAACCACAAAGACAAAACAGUAAUGCUACACAGGCCGAUGAGGAGAUUUCUCUGAAUAGUGAACAUAUCGAAAUAAAUGAGGCCUAUGAAUGUUUGUCAAACAUUAACAAAUUGAAUACGGCUUUAUCUGCAAUGGUUGAUAACUCAACACAAACGUUACCUUUGACGACAUCUCUACCUGUGAGUACGAGUACCACCAUCAUCAGCACCAGUAACAACACCACUAGCAGUAGCAGCAGCACAAAUCCUAAUGGUCAUUUACCAACAUUAUGUGGACCAAAUCGUAUACAACAUGCCAAUUCCUUGGAGCCAAGUGUGCCAUGUCAUGCUUUGAGCAAUAUUGUCAGUGUAUUAAAUAAUCAAAUAUCUUUACUAUUGCCCAAGAUUAAUGAGCGUGAUAUGGAACGUGAACGUUUAAGGAAAGAGAAUCAGCAUUUACGAGAAUUAUUGAAUGCGAUGCAUGAACGUCAGCGAGUUGAAGCAAAAUUGGAAACUCCAAGUGACAUCACAGCUAGAGCCGAAGUGGCCGAUGACGAAACAGAUGGCUUCUCACCCGCAACCUCUACAACACCAACACCGACGCCUACACCAACAACUGCUAACUCUGCAGCAGCCUUAGGUGAAGACCAAAAAGAAAGCGACAACACCACUACAACAACAACAUCAUCUAGCGCAACAACUAAUACAGUCGAGGCACAAAAUUAAACAUAAUUAAAAUUUUAAAUAUAAAUUUAAAAAAACAAACAACAAAUAUUUAGUGUUUAAAUUUUAAGAAUUAAACAACAGCAAACCUUCCCCAAUAUUUUUUAUAAAAAAUAAAACUAAACAAGUAACAAAAAAACCAGCUGCCAAUUGAAUUGGCUUAAAUUGAAAAAAAAAAA